AUGAAGUUCUUCAUCGAUGAUCUCCCAGUCCUAUUCCCCUAUCCUCGAAUUUACCCCGAACAAUAUGCAUACAUGUGCGAUCUCAAACGAACCCUUGACGCCGGUGGUCACUGCGUUCUCGAGAUGCCUUCCGGGACGGGCAAGACAGUCUCUCUACUUUCUCUUAUUGUCGCCUACCAGCAACAUUACCCAGAGCAUCGAAAACUCAUCUACUGCUCGCGUACAAUGUCGGAGAUCGAAAAGGCGUUGGCCGAGUUGAAAGCGCUCAUGAAAUACCGUUCGGAUCAGCUUGGCGUUGUGGAAGACUUUCGAGGCCUCGGAUUGACCAGCCGCAAGAACCUGUGUCUACAUCCUUCAGUGAAGCGAGAAAAGAGCGGUGCCGUUGUUGACGCCAGAUGUCGGAGUCUGACCGCGGGAUUUGUGAAGGAGAAGAAAGAACGCGGCGAGGACGUCGAGGUCUGUAUAUACCACGACAACCUGGAUCUUCUGGAGCCUCAUAAUCUGGUCCCGCCAGGCGUCUUUACACUGGACGGCUUGCUCAGAUAUGGGGAAGAUCACAAGCAGUGUCCGUACUUCUCCGCCCGAAGGAUGAUGUCUUUCUGCAAUGUCAUUAUCUACUCGUACCAUUACCUCCUGGACCCAAAGAUCGCAGAACGGGUCUCCAAAGAAUUGUCAAAAGACUGCAUUGUGGUCUUUGACGAAGCUCACAAUAUCGACAAUGUCUGUAUCGAGUCCUUGUCGAUCGACCUAACGGAAGACUCGCUGAGGAAAGCAACUCGUGGUGCGAACAAUCUGGAACGCAAGAUCGAGGAGAUGAAAGCUUCGGACGAGGAGAAGUUGCAAAACGAAUACCAAAAGCUUGUCGAGGGCCUUCGAGAAGCCGAUGAGGCUCGAGCAGAAGAUGCGUUCAUGUCAAACCCAACUUUGCCUGAUGACUUGCUGAAGGAAGCCGUCCCCGGCAACAUCCGUCGGGCUGAACACUUUGUCGCCUUUCUAAAGCGGUUCAUCGAGUAUUUGAAGACCCGGAUGAAGGUUCUAUACGUCAUCCAGGAGACUCCUCCCUCAUUUUUAUCCCAUCUCAAGGAGCUAACCUUUAUCGAACGCAAACCCCUUCGAUUUUGUGCCGAACGUCUGACUUCCCUUGUUCGGACGCUCGAAUUGACCAAUAUUGAAGAUUACCAACCAUUGCAAGAGGUCGCCACUUUCGCCACGUUAGCUGCGACCUACGAAACUGGCUUUUUGUUGAUUUUGGAACCCUUUGAGACAGAGCAAGCCACAGUGCCGAACCCGAUCUUACACUUUGUAUGCCUCGAUGCAUCGAUAGCCAUCAAACCGGUCUUCGAACGCUUCUCCUCGGUUAUCAUCACUUCGGGAACCAUAUCUCCGCUGGAAAUGUACCCCAAGAUGCUCAAUUUUACUACCGUCUUGCAGGAAUCAUAUCCAAUGUCGCUUGCCCGACGUUCUUUCUUACCGAUGAUUGUCACACGUGGCUCGGACCAGCAGUCGAUCACAUCCGGAUUCCAAUCUCGAUCCGACCCCGGAGUGGUUCGAAAUUACGGCGCUCUACUUUUUGAAUUCGCAAAGAUCACCCCAGAUGGCAUUGUGGUUUUCUUUCCUUCCUACCUCUACAUGGAAAUGAUCAUUAGUAUGUGGCAGGGCAUGGGUAUUCUCGAUCAGAUCUGGACCUACAAACUGAUCUUGGUCGAGACUCCGGAUGCACAGGAGACGAGUCUAGCCCUGGAAACGUACCGCACCGCGUGCGAAAACGGGAAGGGCGCAAUCCUCCUCUGUGUAGCCCGUGGCAAAGUAUCCGAAGGUAUCGAUUUCGACCAUCACUUUGGACGGACUGUACUGUGUAUGGGUGCUCCUUUUCAAUACACCGAAUCACGAAUUCUGAAAGCUCGAUUGGAGUUUUUGCGCGAGAACUACAGAAUCAAAGAACAAGACUUCCUUUCUUUCGACGCCAUGAGACAUGCGGCACAGUGUCUAGGCCGUGUCCUAAGAGGAAAAGACGAUUAUGGAAUCAUGGUUUUGGCCGACCGUCGCUUCCAAAAGAAACGCAACCAACUACCCAGAUGGAUUGCCGAAGAGAUUCAUGACGGCCAAACUGGAUUAAGCACUGAUGCCGCUGUGGGUAUGGCAAAGAAAUUUUUGAGAAGCAUCGCACAGCCGCUGGGAGCGGUCCAAAAAGCGGCUGACGGCACCACAAAAGGCAAAGACAGCUGGGAUUUGAAAGAGCUGGAGAACUUCCAGCGUGAGCAGAAGAUGACGAGAGGAGAAGGGGACUUUGGGAGGCACGACGCAUAUUCACACGACUAUAUGCAUAGCGAGGUCAACACUGUACGAGCACCAAACCAGAACGGUGCUGUAGCUCGUCCAAAUGCCGCAGACGAAUUUGAUGACGACAUCGCGGACGAGGACCUGCUGAUUGCGGAAAGAAUGCAUAUCGAAAUAGUCGGAUGA